AUGCCACAUCCCCAAUCCUCUAAGCACGACAACGCGACGAGGAUUUCGGCGAAGGCGCCAACUAAAAAGGAGAAUGGCGAAGGGGCUGACGCAGCUCCUUGCAAGCCACCGUCGGCUACUGCGAGCGCGUCGAAAGCUGCACCACCCGCCAAGCCCGAGCCUUCCAAGGCCGCUUCUGGCCGACGCAAGCCUACCACGUGGGACACCUGGAAGUACCCGGCGUACGGCUUCAGCGGAGGCAUCAUAUUCCUCAUACUCAUGAUCCUUCUCUACAGGGUGAUGUUCCCGUUCCCGGUGAUACCGACCAAGUUCUACUCCAUCUGCGAGACGGGUGGCUGCGCCGAGUUCAGCCGCCUCAUCCGCAGCAGCAUCAGCACGACGAUUGAUCCGUGCGACAACUUCUACCGCUUCGUGUGCUCCACUUGGGACUCGCAGCACAACGUGUCCAUGAGGCAGGCACACCGGGACGAGUACGUGGCAUCACUGGCUGCCACGGCACGCGCCGUCGUCGUCGCCACCGACGGGGGACCUCAGACACUGCGCCAGAAGGCCGCGCUGCUCUACCAGAGCUGCGAGGCCGUGGCGCAGCGACGCCGCGAUGAUAGCGGAGAGUUCCGCAACCUCUUGGCGCAAGGCGGUCUGACUUGGCCACAGCCUGCAAAGGAGAAAGAAACCUCUAAUGAGAGCAAUGGAUUCUUCCUCGACGCAAUAGUCUACAGCCACUUCCAAGUAGGCUUCGACCCGGUGUUCACCGUUGACAAGUUCAGCGACGCCAUCGUCACCCUGCAACCCAGGGAUGUUAUCCCGGACUGGAUCCACACGAGAGGCGAGUGGAAGGCUAUGCAGGCGUACGACGACAAGUUGCGGCGGGUGUGCCGCCACUUUACCGACCAACGGAGCACGUGCGAAGCAGAGCUCGUAGCGUUCGCCACGGUGGACGACCAAGUGAGCAAAACGCUCACCGUACUCUUCAGAGCAGACGACGAGCCGCCGUUGAACCGAAGCCAGUUCGAAAACGCGAGCUCGGCGAGACCCUUCGAUACCUGGGCGCGAGUGUUCUCCAAGCUGCUCAACGUUGCUCUGGAGGAAGUGCAAGCACCGGCCAUAAGGUUCGACCUCAAGGACCCGGCUCUCUUCCGAGCCCUUAACAAGGCACUUGCCAAGUUCAGCGAGGAGACGAUGGUUCUAUACAUGGCAUGGAUGACGAUUUUCCACCUUGGACCGCUGUUCAGCGCCGAACUCUCGGACGUACUGGUCGACAGCUCCCCGUCAUCCUCGCCUGGUCGGGUUGUUGAGGCGCGCUGUCUAGUCUUCAUGGAGAAACUGCUUGGUCAGUGCAUGCCAGCCGCCUUCGUGCAGCUCAACGUGGCACAGGAGGCUCAGGAGGACAUCCGCCGCAUCACGAAGAACAUCGACUACCCUCUCAACAUUACACUGACGAAAUUCACGGCCAACAGCUCGCAGCCUGCGCGGGACUUUUCCAAGUUUACCGCGCGGCCUCACCUGUUCGGCGACAACGGCCGUUUCCCGAGCGUCGCCGAUCUCGAGCAAGCCGCCACGGACGCCUUGCCGAUAAUGAGCGACUCGGUGCUCACAAACUACCGGCGGACCAUGUCAUUCAGGCAAGCACCUCCUUUAGAAGAACUAUUGUGUGAUAAAAGAGGACAAUAG